AUGGCUCCUCUCACUCCUCACUGGCAGCAGCCAUCCCACCCCGAAAUUCAAGAAGUCGUCAUUCUUGACGAGGCCGAAUUCACCACCAAGAGCCUCUCGCGUGUGGCUCUCGCACCGUUUGCCCUGUUUGCCCGGUUGGACUUUCCGCCGUGCACAGAAGCGGCUGAGCCCACGUAUGCCACAGUGCAAAUGGGACGCAAUAGACAUCUCAACCUCAACAGUGACCUGCUGUACAUUAACCAUUCUUGCGAACCGUCUCUUAUUUUUGACACUGGCAACAAGAUUAUCAUUGCCGGACCUAAGGGCCUCCAGCCUGGCGAUGAACUCACUUUCUUCUACCCCUCCACGGAGUGGGAAAUGGCCCAGCCCUUCCAGUGCCUCUGCGGCACGCCCACUUGCCGGGGCACCAUCGACGGGGCCAAGCGCAUGACGUCCGCGCAGCUUGACGGCCUCUGGCUGUCCAAGCACAUUCGCGAGCUCCGCGCCGAGCAGAACGCCGUCACUGGUAUCUCGCCCUUCGUCGCCGCCGAUCCGACUGCCGACGCGCUACAGUAUGCCGUCGACCAGGCGGAAAAGGUCGUUGAGGCUGCGCGCUCGGCGCUGCUGUCCUACACCAGCACCACCGAAAGCGGCAACAAGGGGCAUGCAGUCCACGGCAAUGGUGUGAUCAAGGCUAACGGCGGCCGGCGCGCCGGCCCGACGUCGAGGGAGUUGAGCGGCGAGAUGGGCGGCGACACGGCAAUUCGUGCGUAA